AUGGACACCCGCAUAUCCCACGUUCCAGGUAUCCACAGUCUCCCAGUUGAGCUGCUGGCAGACAUCGCCAAAUUUACCGAGUCUCCUGCUCUAAGCGCUUUUCGGCUCACCUGCCGAGCGAUGUACCAGAGUAGCCUUCAUCAUUUCGCACAGACUUUUGUACACACAUUAAAGACCGACCUUUCACCGAAGUCACUUUCGCGGGUCAAGGAAGCAGCCAACGAUGAAAUAUUUUGCCCUUGUGUCCGCAAAUUAGAAAUCGUCAGAAAUUCGAAAGGUUGCCUGGGACCACUAUCCCCCGAUAUCACCUCAAAAGGAACAUAUAUCCAAGCGUGGCGCGAUGUGAUGAAACGCUUAGUGAACUGCCAAUCUUUCGAGCUGCGCAAUUCAACCUAUACAAUACCGAAAACCGGUGACGAUGGCAUCACGCUUGACGAAGCCACUGGUCUUAUUCUCGAAGCCAUAGCUACCGAGCACAUUCCGAUGGAAUCUUUCUCAAUCAACAUUAUGAAAUACAGAAGCAGAGCCCACCAGGAUAACCUAACGCAAUUUGGUAUCACCACUUUCGGGAUCCCGGCCUUUUCCCAUCUCAAGGAACUGAGCCUUGCAGUCCCGGAUGCCGAGUCUGGGACUAUUGAUUGGAUGGCGAAAACGAUCCAAUGUGCCAAAUCUCUCAAAAAGCUGACGAUAAUUUUCAGCUACAAGUGCAAAUCGACGUCACUUCUCUCCCAGCUUUCGUCGGCUGGGUGCUUGCCGGAACUUGAAGAAUUGACUUUCUCACGUAUGUCAUUGGAAUCUUCGGCUGCUUUGGCCAUCUUCCUUUACAGUAUUCAAAGUUCUCUUCGUCGUGUGACUUUUUCUUUUGUGCAACUCGAGUUUGGAGGCUGGCGGUCUAUUCUCCGCGAGUUGAGUGGAGGUGUUUCUCAGCUUGACAGUGUGAAUCUGCAUAGUGUACUUGAAGUGGAUAAGCCCCUGAGCUUUUGGAGGAUCCCAGAAUACCAACUUGCAAAAACGUCUCUAGACAAGAGACUAUAUCGUCCAUUUCAAUUGUGUUUUAUUGACAAGGAGGACCUGGACUUCAGCUACUCGGGUCCGGCUUUACAACAGGUUUUACAGAAAGUGGCUGCAUUUGCAGAGUUAGCCUAG